AUGCUGGGUCAUGGAUCAUUUGGAGACGUCUUUGAAGGGAUCCGUUUGUCCGAUUCAAAAAAGGUGGCACUCAAAGUUGUGGAGAAAAGGGAAAACAUGGAAAAAAUCAAGACUUAUCAAUUCUCCAAAGCCUUGCCAUCAGAGAUCGCUAUGAUGAUUCUUAUGAACAAAGGCCCUAGAGUUCCUCAAAUAAUACAGCUGCUGGACUGGUAUGAGACACCAGAAGAAUACAUACUGGUCUUAGAGCGGCCCACGCCAUGUGAAAACAUGCAGCAGUUUCUAAUGCGACACAAAGGUCGCAUCAGGGAAUCGUCAGCACGAGUUGUGAUGCAGCAGGUUGUCAUUGCUGCAAUAAUAUGCUGCCAAAGGGGCGUCUUCCACCGAGACAUCAAGCUGGAAAACCUGCUCAUUAACAAAAACACCUUGCAGGUCAAAUUGAUAGACUUCGGCUGUGGUACACGCUUGAAGCGGUCUGCCUAUUCGGUAUUCAGUGGAACGAAAGUUUACGCUCCCCCUGAGAUCCAUACUGGAAGCUACCACGCUACGUCUACAACAGUGUACUCUUUAGGCAUUCUGUUGUACAGGAUGGUGUGUGGGAAGUUCCCAGGCCAUCAGCUCCAGCAGAUCUUUGACAGGACCUGGUACACAGAAGAACUUUCCAAAGAAUGCAUAGAUCUGAUCUGUUCCUGCAUGGAAAGACAUCCAGACAAAAGGAUUGGUUUGGAAAAGAUCCACCGCCAUGACUGGUUCCAGGCAUUGAUCCUGAAUCUAAAAAAGAAGAAGAAGAAGAAGAAGCCAAGAGAGUAG